AGCGGUGGGCGGAGACUGAAGCCCGAGUCUGGGGUCCGCAGCGGCACUUGGGGGCCGUGGCUGCGCGCGCUCAGAGCCCAUGCUUUGAAUCACUACAAUGUCCCCACCUUGCCAGAGCUCUCUAGUGUGCACCUACUGUGUGCAGAGCUCUGUGCAUGCAUUGUCCAUGUCCCUCGUGACACUGUGAGGGUGUUUGCAGCAGGCAUGUCAGAAGAUGAAGCUGCUCAGCCCCCCAGAACCAGCUUGUGGGAACAGAAUCAGCAGAGCGUGGUGCAGCGCGUGGUGGCCCUGCCGCUGGUCAGGACCACGUGCACCGCUGUCCUCGAUGCUUACAGUGCGGCUAAGGACAGGCACCCGCUGCUGGGCUCCGCCUGCCGCCUGGCUGAGCACUGCGUGUGUGGCCUGACCACCCGUGCCCUGGACCACGCCCAGCCGCUGCUCAGCCACCUGCAGCCCCAGCUGGCCACAGUGAACAAUCUCGCCUGCAGGGGCCUGGACAGGCUGGAGGAGAAGCUGCCUUUUCUCCAGCAACCUUCGGACACGGUGGUGACCUCGGCCAAGGAUACGGUGGCCAGUGGUGUGACGGGCGUGGUGGGCCUGGCCGGGCAGAGCCACCGCUGGAGUGUGGACCUAAAGCGCUCCAUGAGCCACGCUGUGGACGUCGUGCUGGGCAAGUCAGAGGAGCUGGUGGACCACUUCCUGCCCAUGACCGAGGAUGAGCUCGCGGCCCUGGCAGCCGAGGCUGAGGGCCCGGAAGUGGGCUCCGUGGAAGAGCAGAGGAGACAUCAGGGCUACUUUGUGCGUCUGGGCUCCCUGUCAGCGCGGCUCCGCCACCUGGCGUAUGAACACUCCCUGGGGAAACUGAGGCAGAAGAAACACCACGCCCAGGACACACUGGCCAAGCUGCAGGAGACGCUGGAGCUGAUCAACCUCAUGCAGGGCGGGGCGACACCCACGGCCCCGACCCGCCCUGGGAAGGUGCAUGAGCUUUGGGAGGACUGGAGCCAGCACUCCCCAGAGAAUGGCCGCCGGCGCCGCAGCCAGGCAGAGCUGGAGACGCUGGUGCUGUCCCGCACUCUGAUGCGGGAGCUGCAGAGCACAGUGGACGCGCUGGAGACCAGCGUGCGGGGCCUGCCCCCGGGCGCCCAGGAGAAGGUGGCCGAGGUGCGGCGCAGUGUGGACGCCCUGCAGUCCGCCUUCGCCGACGCCCGCUGCUUCGGGGAUGUGCCGGCCGCCGCCCUGGCCGAGGGCCAGGGCAGUGUGGCCCGGGCCCACGCCUGCGUGGACGAGCUGCUGGAGCUGGUGGUGCAGGCCGUGCCGCUCCCCUGGCUGGUGGGGCCCUUCGCGCCCAUCCUCGUGGAGCGGCCUGCGCCCCCGCCGGACCUGGAGGAUCUGGUGGACGAGGUCGUGGGGGGCCCUGACCCCCGCUGGGCUCACCUGGACUGGCCGGCCCAGCAGAGAGCCUGGGAGGCCCAGCACGGGGACGGGCCAGCCCUCCCAGAGGACAUUCGCAAGGAGGAACCCACACCCCCGAGCCGCCCCAAGCACACCCUGAUGCCAGAGCUGGACUUCUGACCAGAUAGGGCCGGGGGGCGGCAAGCAGGAGGCCGCCUAUAUCCCGAGGUCCCUGCUGCCCCCUAGUGGCCAUGCGUCUGCACUAACAGCCCGUGCUGCGGCCUUGGCCCAGGGGCAGGGUUGGGGUGGGGGGCUGAAUCCAGAAUCUCAGACCCUCCCCAAUCCUUCCCUUGGACAUAUGGGGGCUGGAACCCAGUCCAGGUCCCACUAGCCUCAAGCUGGGUUCAUCUAUCUGUGGCCCCCAUCCCUGCACCCCAAGAAGCAGAUCAAAACUCCCCCACAAAUGCACACAUUUUGCCCAAUGGCUUCUACCUGGGGUUUUGAAAAGUGAGCACCCUCUUCCCCCGCACCUUGUACAUCCCUGACUGAGGGGUCCCCGAAGAUAUCCAGCUGUAUCAGCUGGACCUGCCAGACCCACUUGCUUUGCCCUUUGGGGUUUGUGAUCCAACAUAAAGGUGCUUUGUGUUGUCCAAAGGCCUGUGGCCUCUGUUCAGGCCGGGGUGGGUCUGAGUUGCAGGGUGCUGGGGGCCUCAGGUGUUUCUCUGCUUGGCAGAAGCCAAGAUUGGAGAUUCGAAAGCAGUGAGAAUGCCUCUCCAACCGGCUUGACAUCCGUCUGGGGUCCCACCACUAGCGCCAGGCCCACCGGGGUUAGGCAUCCAGAUGUAGCUUCCUGGAAUAGAAGCUAUUCACACUUUAGUAUAAAUGAAUUUCUUGGAAACGGCAGAGAACAGGAUCGGAGGGAGGAAGAAGUCAGUUGGGGCAGCCCCUCCUACGCCAACCUCCCUAGACCCGCAGGGGCUGAUCUUGCUGUGAUUUCUCCAGCUGCUCUGGUCAGGGUGGGGCAGACAGAGGUAGGGGAAGGGCCACGGGCCAGUCUCUUGGGGGCCUUCCCAUCCUUUAACCGAAUUCUUCGCUGCCCCUCAAACUCCCCUGUGGCUGGGUGGGGUGUUAGGAAACCACAGUGUAAUGUGGUGAGGUCAGGGUGGCCCCUGGCUUCCCUAGGACCUGGCCCAAAGGCAGCUCUGGGAGGUUGAACUACCUCCCACUAGCCAGAUUCACUCCCCUGCCCCUGCUCAGGAAAGUCCAUGGCUCCCACUCACCCUCAGAGCAACUAUCCAAACUCCUCACCCUGGCAUUUGAGAACUUCUGGUUUCAUCCCAGAUGAAACCCCUCCACAGACAUUGCUGCAUUCCCACCGAACUGUGCAUAUUCCCUUACUACUGGGCCUUUGCCCAGGCUGUGCCUGGAAUAUUCUCCCAGCCCACCACCCAUCUCUUGGACACAUCCGACCCACUGUCAAGCCCCAGCCCCAAUGCCACCUCCUCCAAGAGGCUUUCCCUAGAGCUCCAACCCUCCACAGCUCACCUUCUUGGGACUCCAAGCCCCUUCUACCUGGACUUAGAGCCACAGGCAACCUUGCCUUCUCUUCCCCCACAGGACUGGGGGCUCCUGGAGGGCCGGGUGGUGAGGAUGGGCAGAGUGGCACAUGGGAAGGGCAUUUUGCAGAGGUAGGCUCGGGCAGAGACGUGGCAGUGGGGAAGUUGGUGUGGCAGGAACAGUGGCAAGGGAAAGCUAAUGGACUGAGGGAAAAUUUUGGAGUUGGAGCAGUAGAUAAGGCCCUGGGGUUGAGCCUCAGCCUGGCCUACAACUGGGUGGGCAAGCUAUGUGCCUCAUUGGAGCCUGGUUUCUCCUCUGGGGGGUGGGUAUGAACGUAAUGAGGCGACUGCGCUCAGUCCUAGGACCUGCUUCACGCUCGGGAGCUGCCGUUCACUUAUUCAUGUGUUCGGUCGACAAACACAUACUGUUGAGCACCUGCUAUGUGCCAGACAGGCAGCAAACCAGAUAAAAAUCCUGCUGUUGGGGACCUUACGAUGCAGCUGGAGAGACAGACAAUGAACAAGAAAACUACGUAAAUUAUUUGUCUUAGUUUUAGUAGAUGAUGAGAAAUAUAAAAGGGAUGGAGGAUGGGGGCCGUGUGAGGGUAGGAGGAGGGGUGUGUAUUUUUAAAUAGGAGAAGGGGGUCGAAGAGGGCCUCUCGGAGGAGGUGACACGUAAGCGAAGACUGACGAGCAUUCCGGGCAGGAGGCAUGGGCUGUGUGUGCAAAGACCCUGGGGCAGCACCAGGUCUGGUGUGUUGCAGGAACAGUGUGUCUGGAGCAGAAGGAGUUGAAGGGAGAGAGGGAGGACAGGGAGGUGAUAGGGGCCAGGGUCGUGAGGGGGACUAGGGUUUCCCCCAGGGAGGUGGGAGCCCUGGGGGGGCUGUGGGCAGAGGAGGGUGGGACCUGACUCGGGUGUUAAUGAUCACUUUGAUUGUCUUUGCUGGGUUCCUCUCCCCUCACUGUGCUGUGGCAGCCUGUGGGAAGGGGAGGGGCACACCCAAGGUUUCCCUCCUCCCCUGCCACCUUUGGGAAGCAUUGGCUGGGAGGACAGAGUUUGGGGGACAUCCCCAUUUUGUUCCCCAACUGUUUGGCAAACACAGUGAUGGCUCCAAGGAGAUGACCUAGGGGUCAUCAGGCUGUGUCUGAACGCUCUCUCCUCCCAGCUCAGUGCCCAGAGCCACCAACGGGGUCCGCCUCCUACCCCCACCAGCAUGUAACUGGGAUCCCUGUCCCAGGACCGGGCAGGGGGGGACGCUUAGCUCGGGGAGGGUGUCAUUCUUCUGCUGGCCUGUGCACCUACCCACAGACAGCCCACUCUGCACCUAGGCUCUGGGGCUGGGUUCCAAUCCUGUCUCCGCCACUUUCUGGCUCUGUGGCCUCAGGCACAGGAUGCCUCCUCCAGGCAGUCACCCUGGGUUGUCCCAAGCCCGCCAGGUCCGCAUCUCACUCCUAGGAUCCCCCGGCUCUUUUGGCACCCUGUAUCCAUCCACAUUUUGGCCCUAAUUUAUCAAGGGACGUCCCUCUUGGUGAGUGACGCAUCCCCUCCCUGCUCAGGAGAGACCCUGUUCCUUUCUUUCUGCCUGGACAAUGCUAAGCUAAUGUUUGUUGAGUACCUGCUGGGUACCAGGCACUGGGGUAAACGGGUCACAUGCUUGACCACACUUUGCACUCAGAGCGGUCCUAUGCGUUGGCCCAUUUAGCCAAAUGUUUAUUAAAAUGCUGAGUGUGCACCAGGUACAGAUCUAUUGCAGGAGACAUAGCUGGGAACAAAACAGGUCUGAAGGAGGAGAGGGAGGGAGCUGUGUGCUGUGGGGAAGGGCCCUCCAGGUAGAAGGAACAGCAUGUGCAAAGGUCCUGGGGCAGCACCACUCCUGGUGCGUUGGAGGAAUGGUGAGGAGUACCGCGCGCUGGAGCAGAACGAGCGAGGGGGAGAGAGCUGGAGGAGGUGAGGACAAGGAGAAAACAGGACGUUGUGGGCCACGGUGAGGAGUCUGGAAGGGUAAACUGAGGCCCAAGGAUGUUCACUGGCUGAGGUGUCCCAGCAGAGCGGCGAGGAGCAGGCCGGCAGUGCCUCGGGGGCAUGGGAUGGCCCGAGAAUCCAUCAGCCCGGUGGGGGCGGGGGCCGUGGGC